CCCGCCCCCCUGCAGGCCGGGGCAGUGUGGGGCGUCCUCCGUCCGGAUCGGUGUGCGGUAUUUUCGGGCCGGACUGCGUGCAGUAGGAGGUGAUGAUGGUGGUUGUAGUGGCGGGAGGAGAGGGAAGGAAGUGUCUGCUCCGCUGCCUGGCUUCCUGAUCCGGGAUGGAGACCCCCAUCCUCCUAGUGCUGCUGAUCUCUCUGGGGGUCAUCUGCCCCCCCGCUGCCAGUGUGACUCAGGAUCUCUCUUAUGUAACGGAGAUGUUCUCGCAGAGCCCCCAGCGAUUGUCCUUCUACAGCUGGUAUGGGAACGUGCGGCUCUUCCAGUUCCGGGUGCCGGCGGACGCCGUGCUGCUCAGGUGGCUCCUUCAGGCGUUUCGAGGGAAUGGACAUGGCUGUGAGGACGUGACGAUCACGGUACACUUCCGUUAUGGCGCCCCACCAGUCAUUAACCCCUUGGGCUACAGCUUCGCCCCAAACACGAGCGUCCCAUCAUCCUUCACCCAGACGAUGACGUUUCGAAAUACUAUGCAGAGCCAUCUCUACCUUAAUAUCAGCAACCCCGCGCCCGGGGACUGGUUUGUAGCUGCGCACCUGCCCAAAGACACCGAAAAAAUCGAGAUUCAGGGUCUCACCAAAUCCUGCACGUACAUUUUCCAGCCAGAACUCUUCGUCCUCCGAGAGGUGGAGGUGCCAGUUCUGCAGGCGGAUGUGCCCGUCCAGCAAAUUCUGGGGUCGAUCGAGAACUCUGCUCGAUACAAGCUCUUCGUCCCUGAAUACACCCGGGAGCUUCAGCUGCGACUGACGUGCCCGUCUAAUGUCACCGGAUGUCCACUGACGGUCACUGUGGGGUCGGUGACCGAGCCGGACUCCUCCGGCCACCAGACCAACUGCAGUGACGGUGUGGACUGCGGCGUGGUCCUGCGGUCUCCGCCCUGGGAGAGGUGGCUGACCGUCCUAGUGGAGAAGCCUCUGGGGCUGAGCGGCAACGUGUCCUUCCAGGUGGUGUACAACCUCUCAGUCUGUAGGCCGGGCAGUGUAGGAUCCCGAACGUUCCUGACUUUCCUGAAGCUCUUCUCCUCCAUGAAAAACUCCACCUUGCUAACAGAAGGCCAGCAGCCGACCACCAGCCCCGCCGUCCUGCUGAACGAGGCCCCCACCUCCUGCCUGCGCAAGUACCCCGUUAUCCGAGAGGAGCUGGACGUGGCAUCGGUCAGGUUCUACCCUGUGACUACUCCAUCCGUGCCCGUGGUCGCCCAGCUGCCCAGCGUGGUCCUGCUUGACCUCGACUCGGAAAUGGACAGCGGCGGGAUGCUGGUCGUGAAUUUGCAGUUGAAUAAGACAAGGGCGAGCAGCGUAAACACCACAAUUUUGGCGUGCCUGAGCCCCUCCGCGCCCAUCCUCGCUCUGAACGCCACACAGGGCUGCACUACAGCUUUUUCACAGGGAUAUUCCUUCACGUUGUCUGACGGAGCAACUAGUGCCACACAAAACAUCCCCUACCCUGUGACGGACAGGUGGUAUAUCUCUAUGCAAGUCCUGUGCCCACAGGAUGACAGUACAUGCCAACAGCAGGUCUCCAGGGUGAUAGUGACGGCCUACCUCAGCCCCUGCCUGGAUGACUGCGGGACGUACGGGGAGUGCAGGCUGCUCCGGAGGAACGGAUAUCUGUACGCUGCCUGCAGCUGCAAAGCGGGCUGGGGCGGUUGGAGCUGCACCGAUGACCAAAAUGCGCUGUCUGUGGGGCAGCAAUUGGCAGCAACAUUAUUCCUAACUCUCAGUAACCUGAUGUUUGUGCCCACUAUAGUAGUUGCUAUCUACCAUCUAUAUUUUGUGGAGGCUGCUGUCUAUACCUACACCAUGUUCUUCUCAACGUUCUAUCACGCCUGUGACCAACCGGGGGUGACCGUCAUGUGCAUUAUGGACUACGACACCCUGCAGUUCUGCGACUUCUUUGGCUCUGUCGUCGCCAUCUGGGUGACCAUACUGUGUAUGGCCCGGCUGAAAAAAUGUAUUAAAUAUGUCCUCUUCAUGCUGGGGACGUUGGUCAUCGCAAUGUCUAUGCAGCUUAAUCGCAGUGGGAUCUGGAACAUGCUGGGCCCCUGCCUCUUUGCUUUAAUACUCCUGGUGAUCGCCUGGACAACUCGAGGAGUGAGGCGUCGCCACUGUUACCCUCCGAGCUGGCGGCGCUGGGUGUUCUUCCUCCUGCCCGGAAUAGCCUUGGCGCUUUCCGCCAUUUCAGUUUACGUCUUCGCAGAAACCAACGCCAACUACUACUACACCCACAGCCUCUGGCACAUGAUGGUGGCCACCAGCGUCGCGUUUCUUCUGCCGCCUCGUGAGAGAAGUAAGAAGACCUGGGAGUGGUCUCAGCUGCUGGACUGCGGGUAUAAAAUCUGCAAGGAAGACCGCGAAGAACUGUACGUGGUCACAUGACGACACAUCCGUUCUCACCGUUCCAUCCAGGGGAAGGAGACCUGGAGCCUGUCACUUUAAGUGAGUGCUUUUUGCACUUUUUUCGCGCUCAUUGUGCAGUAGAAGAACAGGGAGUUUUUACUUAUCUUCUUUUUAUUUAACACGGACAAUAUCGGGUCGGCCGUGGACUGAAAAUCGGCCAUUUUCUUAAUGCUUUACCUCCGAGAGGGACUGUCACUGCAAUGGUCCUGAUUUUCCAGACUGAUGAAGAAUACCACUCGCAUUGGUGCUCAAACCUCCUGUGAAUUGUGCACGACCGACCCCCGGGGUGCAAUUUUUUUUUUCUUCUUUUUAUUCUGCUGCAUCUUUCAUGACUAGUCGCACAGCAGCAAAUGCAAUUUUUAGAACCAAAAAUAUUUAAAAGCAAUUUUUGGGGAUUUUGUUCUUUUUUUGGACUGCAUGACUCCAUGCCUUAACUUCAUGUAACCUGCAACGACUUUACGAAUGUGUGAAUCGCAUGUUAUGUGACCGGGAAUCUGCCUCUGGAGGCGGAAAGCAAUAAUUUCUAAAUUUAAGGGAUGGUUUAAAGGGGUGGUGGGGCGUCGUCUUACCGUCUGAUUGUUACCGUUUCGUUCCUGUGGGGAUUUGAUGCCAGUGCUUUUUACGACAGUGACUUUUUGUGCCUCACCCCAACUCACAAUAAAGUUCUGGUUUCAAAUUUAAA